AUGCAAUUUAAUAAUCAACCUACUCAUCAUUAUUAUCCUAGUCAUAUGUCUUCAACUCGUCUACCACCUCCAUUAACAACAUCCUAUAUUCAUUUACGCUCUCAUGUUAAUCAAAAACCUAUUCUAUAUGGUACUGCACAACGAAAACAUUCACAUCCUUAUCGAAAAUUUCAAACAGGUACAACAACAACAUUUGCUGGAUAUACAAAUAUAUCUAAUUAUAAGAAAAAUAACUAUUUUGAAAAAAACCACCAAGCUUAUAAUAAUAAUAAUAACAACAAUAAUGUUCCUAAUAAAAUUAAUGCUCUUCCUUCUUCUUCAUCUAUACCUGCUCUUAUGUCCGUCGAUUAUUUUCAACAACCACCAAGAAAAAAUCGUCGAAGCUUUCAACAUGCUGAACAAUACCGUAAUCAGGCACCACCAAUAAUAAUCAAUAAAUAUGAAAAUAAUACAUAUAGAAGUUCAUCACGAUCAAAUAAAUUUACUGGUAUUGUUUUAUCUGAUUCUAUGUGUAAGUAUGUACGAGCCGAUCAGAUAAGUUCACAAGGUAUUCAAGUAAGAAUAUCUUUUGAAUCUGGAUGCGAUUGUACUCGCAUGUUAAAUUAUUUAGAACAACAAAGUAUAGAAAAAAAUUUUCUAUUACAAUCAAAUUUUAUUCUUUUUUCUCUAUGUACAAAUGACGUUGCUAAUCUUGGUCCUAAUCUUGCUAUAGAAUAUUGUCGAUUAUUAAUUGAACGUACUCGACAACUAUUUCCUCGAUUAAAAUCUAUCGGAUGGCUAGCAUUAUCACCACGACACAAACCAUCCAAAUUAUAUAACUCUUCUGAAAUCGAUAAUAAAAACAAAGAAUUCAACCAACUUCUAAAUAAAUUAUCGAAUGAAAUGAAUUUUCAAAUAAUAAAUGCAAAUCUUCAAAAACAACACAUGCACGAUGAUGGCCUUCAUCCAUCCAUACAUUCAGGACGUAUACUUAUUGAACGUGCAAUAAAAAAUUGGUUUUCAAAACAAAAAGAUACUGUUUCAUCAUCUAAUUUAGAUAACUUUGAUAAACGCAAUAAUUUAGCGCAGAACAAUUUUAAUAAACGUAAUCACAACAAUCAACAAAAGCAACAACACUAUCGAUAUCAAUAUCAGCAAAACCAGCAAUAUUAUAAUAAACAACAACAACAACAACAACAACAACAGCACAAUUAUCCAAUUGAUAUCAAUAAUAAUAAUAAUACUAAAAAUGUUUAUCAACCAUUAUCAUUAUCAAAAAAAAGAAUACAACAACAACAGCAACAACAGCAAAAAAUUCCACAAGAAACACAAUACAAAUCGAGUAAAGUACUAAUCAAUCAUUAUCCACAUUUUCUAAGACAUAGAGAAGAAUUCUUUCGAAAAGUAUCCAUUCCAGUAGAAUUAGAAAAGUAUAAAGAAAAAAUAUUUCAAUUAAGUAAUAUACAUUAUCAAACAGAAUAUUUGAAGUUAGAGGGAGAAAAAUGGAAAAUCUAUAAAAUAUCAGCAAUAGACAAAGAUAAUAAAAAUAAAAGUAAUAAAGAUCAUGUAGAACUAAUGGAAACAAUUAUAAUAGAUGAUAAUGAUAAUAAUAAUAAUAACACUAUACCAAUAAGUAGACCAUCACCAAAUGGAUUAGCAGGUCCACCUGGGCCAUUAGAUUUAAGUGAAUAUUCUGAAUUUUUUGAUGAUUGGUUGUCUGAUCCAAUACCAGGACAAAAACGAAAACUCGGACAUCGACGAGAUGAUCCACCCACACCACCAUCUCCAAGAGAGCCACCACCACCAAUAAUCCCAAGAAAAACUUUACCACCUAGAAAUGUAAAUAUUCCAUUAACUGGAGGAUCCGUUCAUGGAUCACCAUUUUCUAAUGAUAGAAAACAUCAGCAAAGAAAUGAGCAACGUUCAUUUAAUGCAUUAUUACCAUUAGAAAGACAAGAAUCGAAUAACGAAGAAAGGCAAAUAACUAUUGCCAAUAUAGCAACAGAAUCGUCAAUGAUUAUAUCACCUAUAAAAAGUUCGACACCAGAAAUAAAAGAAAAAUCCCCUUCAGUUAUACCAAAAAAUGGUAUAAAGGUAACAACAACAACAACAACAACAGAUAUAUCAUUUGAAUGUAAAAUCAUCCCUAUCGAGUGUCGUUAUUUUUUCAAAAAUUUAAAACAAAAAUAUACAUUUGAAAAUAUUGAAGCUCAUCAAAAAUUUCUUGAGAAAGAAUACAAAUCAUUAGAGGACGAAAGAGAGAAUAAAUUGAAAUUGUUCUUUCCAGAAGAAAAACGAGCUCAAGUAAUUUCUCUCGUAAGAAAUAUUGUCGAGAAAGUUCUUGAAAAAAAACAAUUAGACGAUCAGAAAAGAAUCGAUAAUCUCAUCUUGGAUCAUAAACGUGAAAAAGCAUUGCUAACAAUCAGAAACAUUGGAAAUGAAUCAGCACAGCAAUACAUAGAAAAUUUAAAAGAAAAAUUCCAGAGAACAUUAGACCUGAAAUUACAACUCGAUAAAUUAGAAAAAAGAUUUGUCGAGAAUAUGCCACCACCAUCAUUGAAUAUAUUUGAUAAGUUACAGCUAUACGCAAAACAGCUACAACCAGAUGAUAAACAUCUGAGUUCGCUUAGAGAGCAGUGGAAGAAU